UUAUCCCGAGGUGUUGGCUUCAUCCGAUUCGAUCAACGUUCAGAGGCCGAACAGGCAAUCAAAAAGCUAAAUGGUGUAAUCCCUCCGGAUGCAACAGAGCCAAUCACUGUGAAGUUGGCCAACUCGCCCGCUUCUGUGCACAACAGUAGCAGUACUAAUUCCGCAGCCGCAGCUGCAGCUGCAGCCGCCCUGACAGGACCUCUUCAACCACUUGUGCCGAAUGCUUUGGGAGGUUAUCUCGGUGACUACUCGCUCGAUUUGACUCACGCAGCAUCUCUGCAUCCCGUGCCCGGUGUUCCCCUAUCCACCACAACCCUUCCGUCUGGUUCCUCUCCUGCAUCUGCGACCGGUGGUACUUCGGAUCCGACAACAACUGCAGCCGCGGCAGCUGCAGCUGCAGUGGCAGCGGCGGCGGCUGCAGCUGCUGCAGCCGCGGCAAGUGCUACCUCCUCGUCCGCUCCCUCGUCGUCCACUUCCUCACCGUCCUCGGUGAACAAACCGAAUCCGGCCGCACUCACGAUGAUGAUGCUUUUGCAACAGGUAAGCCGCACCCUCAGCACUGUGCCCCGGUGA